UGUAUGUAAGAUUCUCCUUGAGCACAGCCACGAGAACCCUCUUGAGUUCACCUAUAAGUUCAUAUGAUGCAGCCUAUUUCCGCAACAACUCCUCCCAUUUGUAAUCUACGUAUUUCAUAAUUACCCAGCAAUGGCAGCUUACAAGUUGUUCAUCAUCUGCUUAGUAUUCCAUCUAUUCCCACGGCUCCCAGAAUGUGAGGCAGUCUCAAGUGGUAAAGUGGUUCCUUAUCUUCCUGGAUUAGAAGUUCAACCUCUUCCUUUCCACUUAGAAACCGGGUAUAUAGGUGUUGGUGAUAGUGAAAAUUAUCAACUGUUUUACUACUUUGUCCAUUCAGAAAGAAAUCCUAAAGAAGAUCCUCUUGUUUUAUGGCUCACCGGUGGUCCUCGUUGCUCUGGAUUCAGUGGUUUGGCACUGGAAGUAGGUCCUAUAUCCAUGGCCAAAGUGGAAUACAUCAAUGGCAGCUUACCCAAACUGACAUUGAAUCCAAACGCAUGGACGAAGACUGCCAACAUCAUCUUCUUGGAUCAGCCGGUGCACAGUGGAUUCUCAUAUUCAAAGUCGUCCAACGAUCCAAUAAUGUCCGACACUGUAUCAGCUAAUAACACACACGAAUUCCUUACAAAGUGGUUGAUUCAAAAUCCGGAAUUCCAAUCUAACCCACUUUAUGUUGCUGGUGAUUCCUAUUCCGGCAUCAUAGCCCCGAACUUAGUUCAAGAUUUGAUUAGAGAUAUGGAAGAUGGAAACUACCCCUUCCUCAACUUCAAGGGAUAUUCAUUGGGCAAUCCGGUUACUUACAUCGAAAUGGAAUUAAAUGCAAGAGUUGAAUAUGCAUAUCAUUUGGGGCUUCUAUCGUAUGAACUCUACCAGUCUAUGAAGGAAAACUGUAAUGGGAAUUUUCUAAGUUUUGAUCUCACAAAUGUUAAUUGUUUGCCUUAUCGCAAAGUCUUCGAAGAUUUGACGGAGGGAAUAAAUCUAUCGUCGGUAUUGGAACCCCUUUGCAGUAGUGAUAGUACUCUUACUACUUCCCUGAAACCCAAAGAGACUAUAAAAUAUGGAGAACACCGGCGAUCACUUCAGAGAACUGGAGAAGGUUUAUCAGAGGAACGUGUUCUUCCUUAUUAUAGUUGUUGGCGGUUAUCACUACUGUCGGAAUAUUGGGCAAAUGAUGCUGCGGUUCGUAAAGCUCUCCAUGUCAGGGAGGGAACAGUCGAAAAUUGGAUCAGAUGCAACCAAAGGGGAUUACCAUAUGAAAUGAAUGUUAAAAGCAGCAUACCAUAUCAUCGCAACAUUAGCACCAAAGGUUAUAGACAUCUUAUCUACAGCGGUGAUCAUGAUAUGAAAGUCUCACAUAUAUCUACCGAAUCAUGGAUACGAUCACUCGCCAACUUGUCUGUAAUCGAUGAAUGGCGUCCGUGGUAUUUCAGUGGGCAAAUCGCAGGGUACACAAGGGCCUACUCUAAUGGCUUAACAUAUGCAACUGUUAAGGGAGGUGGCCAUGAAGCUGCAGGGUACAAGCCCGGAGAAUGCUAUACGAUGUUUGAGAGGUGGGUCUCAAAUACUCCGUUGUGAAGAAGGGACUAUUGCUGGGUCAGGAUGCUAGUUUAAAUUGAUAUUUUGGUGAUGCUUAUUAUUUGGGAUUAUAAAACUUAUAAUUUAAAUUAUAGUACCAGUUCUUUUUCUUAAUAGGAAAGACAAUUUAAUAAAUUAAAUAAAUGGAGUCCACCAAAGAAAUAAAAAAUCUCCCUGUGCAAUGGAACGAACGAUGCUACUACUAUUUGCUUCUUUAUACAUGCCUCUGUUUU